AUGGCCGCCUCGUCCUCGUCCGGCUCGUCCUUUACCUCGUCGUCUCUCGGCCGCCCGCCCACCUACAGCCGCUCCUACGUGAGCCCCGUCGACUCGACCUGGACGCAGACAAUCCUCUUCCAAGACACUGCCGAAGAACGGACUGUGUAUCUGGGACCCUGGGAAGUGGUGGGGUCUGAGCAGCGGCGUAUCCGCUGGCAGUGCAGCUACCAGAGCGAGCUGCUCGAACACUUUUUGCCUACGGACAUACCUUCAGAUAUCCACCCCCAUACUCUUCACUCACGGCACCGUCAAUUCAAUGAUCCGUCAGACGUAGAACGAUUCCUGUCAUUCAACGAACAUCAUCGCGUCAGAUACACCUCUGGCGAUGGCGUCUGCAUUCAUGAUGGCUUCAUUCCGGUCAAAUACGAGUUUACAAGCGUCGACGCUUCCACCCACUUUCAAGGCGACCUUCGCAAAAAGGAUCUAGUCGGAUUUUAUGACGUCGACGUUGUUUGGUCCAAUCUUCAGAGCCGCACCGACAGUUUUGGCAAAGUCAAGGGUAUCGGUGCUAUUCAGAGGCUUAAGCUUUGGAGAGACCGCUACACUACCUUUCACUCCUUGAGUGUGUUUGCCAACAAGACGGAUCAUCAGUACCGCGAAUACGACAUACAUCAUUUCGACGGCGAGCUGCGGAAUCGCGAUGACCGCCAAAAGUCGCUGCGUCUCAGCGUUCACGGCCGCCGAGGAAGCGUGCCCGAGGAAGCUCCUCCGCGCCGGACUUUUCGCAUAAGACAGAGGGUCCGAUCCGCUGGCCAGGCCAGUCAAGCGAACUACAAGCGAUUUAUCGAGACUUGGGCACAUGCCCACAGCUCCGACCGUGAAUUCAACGGCAUUCCGUUUCCCCCCAACCACUUUGAACUUGCUUCACCAGAUAUCCUUCCUGGCUGA